CGCCCGGACAGCCUCCCUCCCAGACUUAAGCCUCACCUCCCGCGCUGCGGCCCGUAGCAAGGCCUCCGCGCCUAGCACCGCGGGAACUGUAGUUUUCUAGUGGCGUAAUUAGGCCGGAAAGGGAAGCGGUGGUACUACGUUUCCCAGAGUGCAGCGAGGCGAGCAAGGGAAGGCAGGGGGGAAGGGACAGUCGGUCGCAGACCGCGCUGGGUUGCCGCCGCCGCUGCCGCCAUCGUGCCAGCCUCUCGGGUCUCGGCGAGGCCUGGUGACGCUCCAGAAUGGGAGACAAGCCAAUUUGGGAGCAGAUUGGAUCCAGCUUCAUUCAACAUUACUACCAGUUAUUUGAUAAUGACAGAACCCAGCUAGGCGCCAUUUACAUUGAUGCAUCAUGCCUUACAUGGGAAGGACAGCAGUUCCAAGGGAAAGCUGCCAUUGUGGAGAAGUUAUCUAGCCUUCCCUUCCAAAAAAUCCAGCACAGCAUCACGGCGCAGGAUCAUCAGCCCACGCCAGAUAGCUGCAUCAUUAGCAUGGUUGUGGGCCAGCUCAAGGCUGAUGAAGACCCUAUCAUGGGAUUCCACCAGAUGUUCCUACUAAAGAACAUCAAUGAUGCUUGGGUUUGCACCAAUGACAUGUUCAGGCUUGCCCUGCACAACUUCGGCUGACCUCCUUCCAGCAAGGCACUCAUCGCUGUUUCCUCCUCUCUCCUCUUCCUGAUACUAUUCGCACUCCUCCAGAUGCUCCAAAUAUCAUACACAAACGAGCAGGGCCGUGGUGGGAGUGGGCACAGUGCGCUACUGCCACCGGCGUGUUGUGCAUGAUGUUUGGACUCUAGACUAGUCGCAUCUGACGGGAGAAGUUUGUGUUGUACCAGCGCAUGCCUUGGAAAGACUUAAAUAAUGCAAAAGGUUGUCUUUUUUUUUUUUUUUUUUUUAUCUACUGACAAGUUGCUCUAGUAACCCAAAGAAGUGAAGGAGAAAGCAGCUGCCUCACCGCCCAGAUUUUGAUUUGUUCAGAUGUUUCAAUGCCUCAUGAUACAAUAAAACCACAAAAUUUUCUUAACA